AUGGCGCAAAAAAUAUUUUUACGAAAAUUAACAUGCCUGACAUGUGCCUCCGGAAAACGGUGUCUACACUACUCGUUGCCCGACAGUUAUGUGGAAUUUUGUAACCCAUUGCAUAUUUUUGAAAGUCUUGAACUGGAAUCGGAAACUGAAACGCCGCCGGUUGAAGUAAACGAGGAAAACUUAGAUCGGCGGGAAGAAACAGAUGAGAGAGAUAGCGAAGAACAGGAGGAGGAAGAACUGGCUAGUGAGACUGAAGAACAGGAGGAUAAUGAACUGGACAGUGAGAGUGAAGAACUGGAGGAUAGGGAACAGAAUAGUAAGGCCGAAGAACAGGAGGAUUGGGAACCGAAUAGUAAGGCGGAAGAACACGAGGAUGAGGUACUUGACAGUGAGAGUGAAGAACAGGAGAAGGAGGAACUUGAUAGUGAGACUGAAGAACAGAAGGAUAAUGAACUGGAUAGCGAGACUGAAGAACUGGAGGAUAGGAAACGCGAUAGUGAGACCGAAUAA